AUGUGUCACCGUUCCUCGUACUCUCCAGGUAUUGGCAUCGACGACCUCUUUGUUAUGUCGGCGGAGUGGCAUCGAACAAAUCCAGACCAUUCACCAGCCCGUCGUAUUGCCGACACUCUUUCCGAAGCUGCUGUUGCCAUCACAAUCACGUCUGUCACCGAUAUUAUGACAUUCGGCAUUGGCAUUUUCACAACACUUCCAGGUGUGCGGAUGUUCUGUCUCUAUACCUGUCUCCAGGUUACCUUCACCUACAUUUAUCAGCUGGCACGUUUCUUCUCCACCUGUUUCUCAAGUAUUCGCCUCGCCGGACACGAUGGAAAAUCAAUGGGCACUCGAUCCGUCUCUGGCUAUUUCCGGAAAGCACUAAACCGAACGCAUCGGGUGAGGCGUCAUGCGAUACAUGAUUCUGCAGAGUAG